UGACCUUUGAACUGAGAACAUCCUCGGAAAGCCUUUACUUUCACACCCUGAGCAGCAAACUUUGCUAACUCAAAUUGUCUCUGUGGGACAGAGGCAUGCCCAGAGUGCCAUGUCACUCCGUGCAGACAUGGGAACCCAUGCCCCUGCUUGCAAAGCCUCCCCUCCCUCUGACCAGCAGCUAGGACGGUUGGGUGUUCCAAGCAGUGGCCUCAUCCCUGCUUUGACCCAAAGCAGGGGAGGGGAGAGCGAGCCAGGGAGGGCUCAGCCUUGAGAUUGCGCUGCAGACACAACAAGGGGUGGGGGCCCCAGCAGGCAGGGGCGGGGCAAAGCAGGUGAUAUCCAGCCCCAGCCCCGAGCCCUAUCGUCUCCCUACACGUCUCCCCAUGGAGCGCACCGUGGUGCUCAUCACCGGCUGCUCCUCGGGCAUCGGCCAGCACCUGGCCCUGCGUCUGGCGUCAGACCCGUCCCGGAGCUUCAAAGUGUACGCCACGCUGAGGGACCUGAGGGCGCAGGGCCCGCUGUGGGAGGCAGCCCGGGCCCGGGGCUGCCCUCCCGACUCCCUGGAGACGUUGCAGCUGGACGUGAGGGACUCAGAUUCUGUGGCCGCUGCCCGAGCACGCGUGACCGAGGGCCGCGUGGACGUGCUGGUGUGUAACGCGGGCCGGGGCCUGCUGGGGCCGCUGGAGGCGCACGCCGCGAGUGCGGUGAGCUCCGUGCUGGACGUGAACGUGGCCGGGACGGUGCGGACACUGCAGGCCUUCCUGCCAGACAUGAAGCGGCGGCGCUCCGGACGCGUGUUGGUGACAGGGAGCAUGGGAGGCUUGAUGGGGCUGCCCUUCAACGCCGUUUACUGCGCCAGCAAGUUCGCGAUCGAAGGCUUAUGCGAGAGUCUGGCGGUUCUGCUGCCGCCCUUCGGGAUCCACGUGAGCCUCAUCGAGUGCGGCCCGGUGCGCACCGCCUUCCAGGACAAGCUGGAGGGCGGCCCGGGAGGGGCGCUGGACUGCACGGACGCCCAGACCCGCCACCUCUUCUCCCUCUACCAGCGCCACUGCGAGCGGGUCUUCCGCGAGACGGCGCAGGACCCGGAGGAGGUGACAGAGGUCUUCCUCACCGCGCUGCGCGCCCCGCAGCCAGCCCUGCGCUACUUCAGCACCGAGCGCUUCCUGCCCCUGGCGCGGCUGCGCCUGGACGACCUCAGCGGCCGCAGCUUCGUGGCCGCGAUGCAGCGCGCAGUGUUCGCCGACGAGUCCGCCGAGGCCGGGGCCGGAGGCCUGGGGGCCCCUGAGCCCGGCGCUCCUCCUGCCACCCCGCAAUAAAGGCUCCAUCCUCCCCUGUCUCCCGUGCCUUCCUUUUCGUCCCGGGGCUGUGAGGUCCCCGGGGACAGGGCGGGGGUGGCGGCUGCACUGCGCUGGCGCAUGCAGCAGUUAG